CGCAGAAGAAAACAUGUUCCAAACAUGGCAUUAUGUUUUCGUCACUCUAUUUCUUGAAGUUUUCUGUAAGCAGAGAAGUGUUUCUUACUCUGUAGUGGACAUCGAGGCGCCUAACUACCCAUUAACGGUGCCUUAUCCAGAUUUCAGUAUUUUGCAAUGCGGAACGCUGUGCACAGAAGAUAGCUAUUGCACAGAGUUUCUAUUCAACAAAACAAACAAACAGUGCAACGCAGUCCAUUGCGUAAACAAGCCAGGCUACUCGUAUCAGUUUUUGAGUCCGAAAAAUGACCAACUACUCCGUUUCCGGAAAGAUUUGAACUGGAUAGAGUACAUGGGACAUUAUUAUUAUCAUGUAGAAAAAAAUGCCACGUGGGAAGAAGCCAAGUUGGAGUGUCAGAAGCUGUGCUCUUACCUUGUGGAGAUCAACAGUAAAGAGGAAUCCGAUUGGCUGGCUGCUUCAUUUCUCAUGAAAGACAGUUGUGACAGCAACAUUUACCUUAGUUGCACCGCAUGGACAGGGGGUAACGACAGAAGCACAGAGGGAGGAUAUUUAUGGGACCAUACGAACUCGCUAAUAAGCUUUACUAACUGGUACAUCGGAGAACCGAACGGACGAGAUGGUGAAAACUGCAUUCAUUUAACGAACGAUGGGAGAUGGAAUGACAUAUGGUGUGAUACACCGCUGUAUUACAUUUGUGAAAAAAAUUAUAUUUAAGUCACGGUUUUCAGUUUCGAUUAGAAAGAUAAGUCUAAAUUUGUUUCUGUCGAGAAAGAAAACUCUUGCAUGAGAGAGGACAACCCAAGAAUAUCACGAAAAUGGAGUCAACGUAUAUUAAAGAUUCCACAAGUUGUCAAUUAAACAUUUAAAAUAAUUUUAUAAUAUUACAUGUUUUUAUAUAACGUAUUUUGACCAGAUUUUUAUUUUAUCUUUUUCAAAUCUUCAGUUAUCCUUUGAAUCUUUUGCAAAUAGCCUGAUAGGAAAUGCCAUUAUCAUACAAUAAAAUACAGUACUUUGAUUUUAUAUCGCAUUGUAAGUUUCGUUUCAUACACACCUUACGUAAAUAUGGCUGUACUUCCGAUUGUUUGUGUUAAUAUCCAGUCCAAUUAUUUGUGCUCAAUGCAUCCAAUAUAUGCAUGUUAUUC